AUGCACAUCAAUAAGGGUUUCUCGAUAUUUUCACUCUUCUUUGGGACUUUGGUCAGUGGUUAUAAUGCAAGGCACCACGCGUAUCACCAACCGCAGGCUCGGUCAACGUACAGUGCACCACUAGCGACCAAUGAGACCGCUCAGUAUGACUAUAUCGUGAUCGGCUCUGGACCAGGAGGAGGUCCCCUUGCGGCCCGGCUGGCCAUUGCCGGGUACAAGGUGCUCUUGCUCGAUGCCGGAGAUGAUCAAGGAGAUGCACUCCGGCAACAAGUUCCCGCUCUUCAGCUGCAAGCAACCGAGUAUGAACCGAUGAGAUGGGACUAUUUUGUGAAUCACUACUCGGAUCUCGAGCGUCAGAAGAAAGACUCUAAGAUGACCUACCGGACUCCUGCCGGGGAGUUGUAUGUUGGCCAGAACCCACCAGCGAACUCGGAGCCCCUGGGCAUAUUGUAUCCCCGUGCAGGCACACUGGGUGGUUGCUCGGCGCACAACGCCAUGAUCACCAUCUACCCGUAUGAGAGCGACUGGCAAGAUCUCGCCACGCUUACUGGCAAUGACUCCUGGGCCCCAGAUAAGAUGCGCGGCUACUUCGAACGUCUCGAGCGCAACCGAUACCUUCCCAGCAGCCUGGUAGGUCAUGGCUUUGACGGCUGGCUGACCACCAGUCUGACCCAGUUGACGCUAGUGCUGGAGGAUCAGAAGCUGUUGUCCUUGGUCCUUGCGGCAGCUACCGCAGCGGGAAAGUCACUGCUGGGCAUGUUAAUCACUAGCGUCACUGGGCUGGGGGAAAUCUUGCUGCGCGACAUCAACAACCCGCUGCCCACCCGCGACCAGGAGACUGGACUCUUUCAGGUCCCCAUCGCGGUAGAUGUGCCCGAGUACAAACGCACCGGUCCUCGAGACUUUCUCAUGCAGACAGUCAACAGUGUCAACAAGGACGGAUCUCGCAAAUAUCACCUGGACAUCCAGUUGAAUACGUUGGUAACAAAUGUUCGUUUUGAUACGACCGGUGGCAGACCCAGAGCCAUCGGUGUCGAUUAUCUCCGGGGACAGAGCCUGUACCGCGCCGACCCCCGUGCAAGCAACGCAUCCGCAGGAACUCCGGGCAGUGUCAAUGCUGCCAAGGAGGUGAUCCUUUCGGCAGGCGCCUUCAACACACCCCAGCUGCUCAAGCUUAGUGGUAUUGGGCCGAAGGAAGAGUUGAGCAAGUGGAACAUCAGCACCCUGGUGGACUUGCCUGGCGUGGGCAAGAACCUGCAGGACCGAUAUGAGACCGGCGUUGUGGGCAAGGCCCCCACGGACUUUGUCCUCACAAGCAAGUGCACAUUCAUGUACAGCAUGCCUGAUCCCUGCCUGGACCAGUGGCAGAACAACGCCCUCAGCAAGGGUACCUAUACAACCAACGGCAUCGCCAUUGCUAUCGUCCGUAAGACAUCCACGGCCGAAGGAAAGCCCGAUGUGCUCAUUUCAGGAGCUCCAGCCAACUUUCCAGGCUACUAUCCCAACUACUCGUACGAGGGCCUGAAGGAUGCGCAACACUGGACCUGGAUUACCCUGAAGGCCCAGAGCCGGAACAAUGCCGGCACGAUCGAACUGCGCUCGGCGGACCCUAGAGAUACCCCGAUCAUCAACUUCAACUCCUUCGAUAGUGGUGUGACGGAGAACGGGGCAGACGAGAAGGACCUUCAGGCCGUCUAUGAGUCCAUGCAGUUCUCCCGCAAGAUCUUUAAUGAUCUGGUGCCUUUGGACGGCAAAUUUGAAGAAGUAUGGCCCGGGCCCAACGUGACCACCGAGACGGACCUGAAGGACUUUAUCAAGCGGGAGGCAUGGGGCCAUCAUGCCUGCUGCACCGCCGCGAUUGGAGCCGACGAGGAUCCAAACGUUGUCCUUGACUCGGACUUUCGAGUGCGUGGUGUGGAUGGCCUGCGCGUCGUGGAUGCUUCGGUGUUCCCCAAGAUCCCGGGAUGGUACAUUGCGCUUCCCACUUAUAUGAUCAGCGAGAAGGCGGCCGACGUCAUUAUUGCCGAUGCUGCGUAG